AUGGUCGCGUUUAAAUUAUCUGACUGCUUCAAUGUAAAUUUUAAAUUUCUUAAAAUUUUUGGUGUAUGGCCUGGCAAGAUUCCGCAUAAAUAUUAUAAAUAUUAUUCGGCUUUAUUCCUCAGUAUCAAUCUUGUUCUCUACAAUGCCUUAUUGAUACUAAAUUUGGUUUAUACACCACGAGAAAUUGAACUUAUAAUUCGGGAAAUCAUCUUCCUGUUUACCGAAGUUACAGUCAUUGGUAAAGUUCUCAUGGUAGUUCUGAUGCAGAAGAAACUUUUUACUGUUUUCGAUAUAUUAGAUUGCGAAGAAUUCAACGGCUCUGGUGAAGUCAAACAGAUAAUAGAUACACACGUUUCCAUUUAUAAAAAAUCUUGGAAAAUUUUCACAGUUUUAGGGAACUUUUCUUAUGGUUCCAAAGUCGGUAUACUGAUUAUUAUGAUAAUGAUGUUUAACGCUGACAUGGAAUUGCCUAUUUGCAAAUACUAUUUCUUGGACCAUGAUAUUGUUCGACGUUAUUUUGUAUUUUGGUUCAUUUACCAAUCGGUCGGAAUGUACAGUCAUAUGCAGUAUAACACUAAUAUAGAUACUUUAAUCUCUGGUCUGUUAUAUAUGGCAAUAGCUCAAGUAAAAAUAUUAAAAUACGAAAUAGAAAAUUUGAGAGUUGUAAAUAUGAAAAUCCAACGCAGAUGUUUUUUGACAGAGGAUUCGGAACAAAUUGUUGUACUACAUAAAUAUUUAAAGCAUUAUGAAAUGAUACUAAAAUACUGCAGCUUGGUGCAAGACUUAAUCGGUGUGACAUUGUUCAUUCAGUUUGGCAUGGCAUCUAUUAUGAUCUGCGUUGUACUGUGCGCUUUACUUCUGCCGUUGAAAAUAGAAGUAUUAAUAUUCAUGAUUACUUAUCUGUGUGCAUUAGUUGGAGAAAUAUUUGUGCCAGCGUGGCUUGGAACGCAACUGACAUACGAAAGUGGCGAGCUAGUCUCGGCGGCUUACUACAGUGAAUGGAUACCAAGAUCAGAGAGAUUCAAACGAAGUCUUAAGCUCUUUAUGGUACGGGCGAACACUAACAUCGUGAUAACAGGCUGGAGGAUAUUCCCGCUAUCCCUUGAUACUUUCACUUCGAUUAUGAAGACAGCUUAUUCGUUUUUCACUCUAAUUAGGAAUGUUCAAGACCGAGAUGAAAAUUAAUCACCAACAAAAAAUAAAAAAUGUGUUGGAUAGAAGCAGGCGUUACUUUGCGGAAGUUCAUCAUGAAUAUAUAAUAAUUUAAAUUUUAUUUUGCAAUUACCCGCGAAAAGCCGACAAACCUAUGCGACAAUGUCACCCAGGUCCGACAAAUACUCACUACGUACAUUUCACCCCGAAACCAGAUCAUCCUCAGGAGUCGGCGGAUAAUAGCAAAAUAAAUAAAUUAUUAUAUAAAAAAUGUGUAUCAAGGAGUAUAAAUGUUUAAAAAAUUUUCAUUAAGUUUGUAGAUAUGCAAUCAUUUUGUUUAAAGUUAACAUGUUAGAUCGGUAGGUUGAAAUGUAUGCACAAUGCACAUUACUGAAUUAAUAUAUAUUUAAAAUAAUAAAAUUCACUUAGAAAAACUAAACAAAAAUCAAUACUAGAAAUACUACCUAGAACUCGAGUCCAUGUCUUUAUUUAUUUAUUAAUUUAUAGAUUAUUGCACAAAACAAAAACAAUAACAAAGAAAACAUAGAUAACAAGUAUGUGCAAAAGCGGUCUUAUUGCUUACCGCAAUAUCUAUCAGACAACCUUUGGAUAAAGGAAUUAAUGUUAUUAAGUGCCUUCAUGUCUUCACAUUUUAAAGUCUACUCUCUGGAUUAAUGAGGUUACCUUAGUAAAAAAUAAAAAUAUGAUUUUUAUUAUAAAGAAAACUUAUCAAUAAAUGAUAUAAAUCUCCCUUACAUAUGAACCGAAAGUGCAAAGUCAAAGUCGUUAAAUCGAAGGACGUUAGUGCUUAUCUGGCACUAAGUCGACAUAUUUUCUUUCGAAUAUUGCUUUUCUAUUGCUGAAUUGAGUUACAAAGAAUUUAACAAAACUUAUUUCAAGGCAUUGUUAAACUAGCAAAAAGGUUUACGAAGUACCUAAUUAUUUUCAAAACAUUUUACGCCCCUUAAUCCUUUAGAAGCAUAUCUAAUAAAUAAAUCUCU